CCUCGCUGCUGUCAGCAGACAGCUCGAAAUCUACGGCACUCGUGUUAAAGAUCUGAUGCCUUGGGUCAUGAGAGACGUCUGCGAAGCACAGCAAUGCGAGGCAGACAACAUGCUCGAGUACAUAUUGAGCCGAGUUUCAAACUCGCCAGGUGACCGUAUCGACUUGGAGAAGCGUCCCAUUUUAGACAAAUGCAUGAAUGCAGUUCUGCCCAUAUGUAAUCGGCGAUCUCAAGGCAAGAAACUGGGAGUCCCGGCCUCGGAGAUCAAGGCGACUCUCACACUGUACGCGACGUAUAAACUGGAGGAUGACUUGUACCGGCCCUUCGUCGUGGCGUCCAACAUUGCUCUCGCGCACCUGAAAGAGCUGAAGAUCGAUGGUAUGCGUGUAAACGAAAGCGAGGAAGUACAGAUGUUCUUUCAGCGCAACGAUCCAAGGGUAAUCCAUCAAGAUCACGCAGGGCAUGAGUCCGCACGCAAACCAGAUGUCAUCGUUUGUCCAUUCGCGAACGAGGCCGAUUAUUUUGUGGACGCUCGACUCAGCAGCUGGGACGAGCAUGUAUCGGCGGUAAACGAAGGUAAGACACUCGCAGCGCGCUCGUGGAACGAUGUGCUCGGUGUCUUCGAGUUCAAGCGAGCCAAGUCGGGAAUGAAGCCUCCUCCCGAUGAAUACUCCGUGUCAGAGUACCGAGCUUCCCAACCAAAGUUUUUGAGUAUUGGCAAGGACGGAAAUGAACUGGAAGAAACAGAGCCGCGAGUGGUUUCUGUUGCCGAGCGAGCGAUAGUUUCAAAGCCGGUUGACGUACGCAGAUCACUUCGCAACAACACUUCGGGAAGCGCUGGAAAGGCAUCCAGGAAACGCACGGUGGGGGCCGAUUCUGAGCCUCGCUCGAGCAAGCGACUUAGGACGGAUGAGCCCAGGGCGCACGUAACAAUUCAGACAGCGCUGUACGCUGCUGAGAUGCAGUCCGCCAACAUUGCGGGGAAGCAUACCCUCAAUUUCAUUGUCAUAGGCGACGACAUUUGGAUUUGGUAUUACGACCACCAAGGCCUCAUCAGCGUGGCAGGGUUCAAUUUUGUUCAAGAUCUCCCUCGCUUUCUGGUGUUGUUAUACGCUCUGCAGCGAUUCAAUUUGAAGGACUGGGGUCGAAACACAGACUUUAAACCGCGUCUCAAGAUGGACGUCGUCGAGUCCUACACCCUCGAGGUCGAUGGAUGCAGACUGGAACUUUACGGGAAGGAAAAACCCCUCAUGGGGCUGGCAGGGCGUGGGACUAAUGUUAUGGACGUCACCUGCGAAGGCUUAAUGCCGGGCAAUUCGAAGAAAAAGGCCGACGAGCUGGUGGCGAAAAUUUACUGGGCGGAGGAGGCACGAGUCCUAGAGGAAGUUAUUUUGCGCCGCGUCAUGGCAAUUGCGGAUCCUACCGUCAGAGGACACGUGCCGGAUUUGCGCUUCGCGAAGAGGUUUCCGGUUUCCACAUCUACAAUUAGGGAGGCUCUUGGCCUCGAGAACCCUGACAAAGGCAGCAGGACGCUCAUCCUGCUCGUAUCAAAGAAGCUUUCGCCAGUCUACAAGCUCCCAGGCGACGAAAUGUUCGACGCAUGGCGGCAGUGCGUUUUGUGUCACUAUACUCUCUGGAGCAAGGGGAUCCAUCAUCGUGACGUGAGCCACUCAAACCUGAUGUACUAUAGGGAUGGCAGCAAGGUGAUGGGCGUCUUAAACGAUUACGACCUUUCGUCUUUAACAGAUUUUGACAACCCGAUGGGUGACGAGCGGACUGGAACAAUGCCGUUCAUGGCAAUCGAUCUCCUCGAGAAAGCGGGCCUAAAUGGCAACGUGGAGCACCUAUACCGCCAUGAUAUGGAAUCGUUCAUCUACGUAUUCAUCUGGAUUUCCCUGCAGUACAAGAACGGCAUCUCGCUGAAGCCAGGACCCCUGGAUUCAUGGUUCACAACUGAUGCCCAUGGAUGCAUUAAAGAGAAGUUGUAUUUCCUGUCUGCCCUUCCAGUGCCUGACAACACCAACAACGGCACUCUUGUGUUGACGCUCGCGGACUUCCUUUGUCAGAGACUCGGCACUCGUAGUCGUCUCGAGGGAGCUAAAAAAAUUGCUCAAUCACAGCUGGCAGAUGCACGUUCUUCAGUUGCUGUUAAAGACGCUGCAAAGAACAAAAUUGAGGCACUCGGAUCUCAACUUCAGGAGGAAGCAGACGAGGAGGUGUAUAAAGCAUUUUUAUCGCAGAUUCCAUCAGUAAAUUGAUAAAUGCCAGGCUUCCCACCGUAACAUAGAAUUUGGCUGUAUCACCAUUGUUACCCUUAUAAAUGUAUGCUGCAUGUGCAAGACCUCAA